AUGUCAACCUAUAGUGAAGCAACUCAGCGUCUCGAUAAUGAUAGUGUAGAGGUAGAAUUCAGUAGUGAUAAUGGUUUUGGUAAUGAUGGAGAUAGAAAGACAGAGAAUUGCAAUGGUCAGAAAAGUUUAAGUGAAAUUACAAAUGAUGAUAUAAAAGCUAUGGAGUUUAGCACAGAGGAAGAAGCUAUACAAUUUUACAAAGCCUAUGCCCGUUUCCAUGGGUUUGUUGUAAGGAAGGAUGAUGUGGUAAAGGAUCACGAGGGAAAAAUUGUUGCGCGGCGAUUACUUUGCAAUAAAGAGGGAAAUAGUGAAACUAAAAAUAAGAAGAAUGAAGAUAGUAAUAGGCAAACCAUGCGAACUGGAUGUCAUGCUAGACUUCGAGUAGCCUAUGAUUUCAUUGAGAAGAUUUGGAAAGUUACUAAUUUUGAGCCCAAUCACAACCAUGAACCAAGUCCUCCAAAUCUUGUUCAUUUGAUUCCGAAUUAUAGGAAAUUGAGUGAAUCAGAUAAACAGAUUGUCAGUGGUUUGCAUUCUCAAGGUGUAAGAACCUGUCAUAUACUAGGUUUCCUAAUGGGCCAAAAAGGAGGGCAUGAAAAUCUUGGAUUUAUCAAAAAGGAUCUAUACAACUACACUGAUCAUCAAGGAAGGGUUAGAAUUGAAGGUGGGGAUACUUUUGCUACUUUGAGUUAUUUUCAGGGUAAAGCUGAUAAUGAUUCGACCUUUUUUUCAGAGUUUACCUUUACAGAUGAUGGCCGGUUAGAAAAUAUAUUUUGGGCAGAUUCUGCAAGCAGACUUGAUUAUGAAUGUUUUGGCGAUGUGGUUCUCUUUGACGCCACUUAUAAAAAGAACAGGUAUAACAAGCCGCUUGUAAUUUUUACAGGAUACAACCACCAUGGUGAAACGACCAUUUUUGCAUGUGCUUUAAUUUCUGAUGAAAAAAUAGAGACAUAUAAGUGGGUGUUAAAUAUGUUUUCAAAGGCCAUGUACGAAAAACAUCCAAAAGCGAUUGUUACUGAUGGAGAUAAAUCAAUGAGGAAAGCUAUUAGAGUUGUAUUUCCAAAUUCAAGGCAUCGCCUUUGUUCAUGGCAUCUACAUCAAAAUGCUCGUGUGCAUGUAAAAGAUCCCAAAUUCUUAGAAGAGUUCAACAAACUCAUAUAUUCUAAUUACACACCUGAACAAUUUGAGUCUGAGUGGAAGAGGGUUGUUGACAGUUAUGGUGUACCAAAGAAUAAGUGGGUGAUUAAAACAUAUAAAUUGAAGCGAAUGUGGGCAAGUUCAUACAUGCGAGACCAUUUUGUGUGUGGAGUCAGAACAACCUCGAUAUGUGAAGGUGUGAAUUCAUUUAUCAGGAAGUAUGUUCAAAACAAAAAUAGCCUUGUUGAUUUUCUGCAUAAUUUUGAAAGAGCUGUCAAAGACUACAGAAAUAAUGAAUUAUUGGCUGAUUUCAAAUCAUUAUAUUAUAAACCUGUGUUGACAACUUCCUUGCCUGGAUUUGAGCGUGAAGCUUCAGAAAUAUUCACUUUUAAAAAGUUCCUAGAAGUCAAAAAGGCGAUAAAGGAUGUUGCUGCAGAAUCUGUCACUCACCAUGCUGAGGUUGGAAAUAGUGUAAUUUUUAGGGUUAACGUUUACCGCAAAGAUGCAGUUUUUUGGGUUCAUUUUGACACGGAACAUAAUAAAUUUAUAUGUGAUUGUAGACGAUUUGAAUGCGAAAGACUUCCAUGUUCCCACAUUAUUUAUGUCAUGAAGUAUGAGAACAUGGAUGCUUUCCCAGAAAGUCUAAUUUGCAAAAGAUGGUCAAAAACAGCAAAGAAGAAUCACAUCUCAUCAUUUGCCUCCAAAGAAGGUCAUAAUGAGGAAAAAAUGAUCAUGUUCCGCCGAUGGGCACUUACCGCUGCAUUCAAUAGGCUUUGUGAGGCGUCUUGUAACAAUGGCAUUGAUUAUGAGGAAGCUUUGGAAGGGAUUAAUAGUUUGUGUGACAAGAUAAAUGUACGUCGUGAGGGAAAUGUCAAUAAAUCUGUUGUUGGAGAUCCAGAUAAUGCUAAACCCAAAGGAGCCCCUAAAAUGAAAAAAUCAUACAUAAAUAGGAGACACAUGAAAGAAAGACGUUGUUCUCGUUGUAAAAGGCAUGGUCACACAAUCCGAAGGUGUCCAAUACUUGCUGGAAUUGAUGUCACAUUUGAUAAAGAAGAAGAUGAGAAUGAGAAAGAGGACGAGAAGGAAUACGAGGAGGACGAAGAUGCAGAGGAGGAGGAGGAGGAGGAGGAGGAGGAGGAGGUGGAGGAGGAAGAUGAUACACAUGUUGAAUCUGAAUAUGAAUCAAAUCGUUUAAAUGUGUCUAUAAGCCACGACAUGAAUGAUGAAACCCAUUCUAUGUCAGUACCAAAUGGUAGACAUGAUGUUGAUAAUAUCUUUGGUAUUAAACGUAAGAGAGAUGGUGACAAAGCCGAUUUUUCAACACAAGACUCUGCGGCGAAUACCAGAACAACAAAUAUAGACAUUAAAAAGAUUGAUGCUUCUGUGACUCCAAAUAUUACAGUUAACAUUGAAAACAAUGGUAUUCCACAUGGAUUUGCAAGAUGGAACCAUGGUGUCGGGUAUGUUGGUAACUCUUUUCAUGUGUACGAUGGGAUUCCAAAUGUGGGUGGAUUAACUUCUUCACAAUUCCCUCCGGCAGACAUCCUUCCAUCACAUUAUAACAACAUUCCUUUGUAUCCUGGAACAAAUAGUUUUAUGAGCGUGCUGAAGGACAUGGAGAGUUUAGCAAAACAUCAAAAUAGAUAUCAAAAUUAA